GGACGUUCUGUCUCGUUUCCAGGAUCAACAAACAACGUUUUGCUAAGGUGGUAUGGUGUGCCCAAGUUGAUGGUUUGUUCUGAUUGUUGGGCCAAGGAUUCACGAAGUUAGCAUAAUCUUGGUUAACCAAAAUGCCUCCCAAGAAGAAAAGUGGAAAAAAGGGAAAGAAAAAGAAGUCAGCCAAGGCCAAGACACCGACUGUCAUCGAUGGCAUCUCAACAGAAGAAAUGUCCAAAGAGCAGCUGGAGGAGCACAUCGGCCGUCUCAGGGAGGAACUGGACAGAGAGAGAGAGGAAAGAAACUACUUCCAGCUAGAACGAGAUAAAGUCAACACAUUCUGGGAGAUUACCAAGAGGCAGCUGGAUGAGUUACGGGCAGAGUUGAGGAACAAAGACAGAGAGAUGGAAGAUGCAGAGGAAAGGCAUCAGGUGGAAAUCAAGGUGUACAAGCAAAAGGUGAAACAUCUAUUGUAUGAACACCAAAAUAAUAUAUCCGAGCUGAAAGCUGAGAGUGCGGUGGCCCUGAAACUUGCUCAGGACGAUCAUCGAGGACAAGAGGGUGAACUCCGGAAAGACAAGCGCUCUUUGAAGGUCACACUGAAGGAACAAGAGCUGUCACAUGAAGACAUCAUCAAGAACCUCAAAAUGAAAAGUGACGAGAAGGUGACCAAUUUGAGAACCGAGUUUGAGAGGGAAGCUAGAGAAAUUGAAAACAAAUAUGAGCAGAAAAUGCGUCAGCUGCGGGAGGAAUUAGAGCUCCGAAGAAAGACGGAAAUCCAUGAGAUAGAAGAACGCAAGAACAGCCAGAUCAAUACACUGAUGCGCAACCAUGAGAGAGCAUUCAGUGAUAUCAAGAACUAUUACAAUGACAUCACUCUCAAUAACCUAGCUCUCAUCAACUCACUCAAGGAACAAGUAGAAGAAAUGAAGAAGAAAGAGGAGAGGAUGGAGAAGCAAAUGAAUGAAAUCCAACUGGAGAACAAACGUCUGAAGGAGCCGCUGGAGAAAGCUAAGGAGGAAGUGGCAGAGUUGACCAGACAGCUCGCCAACUAUGAGAAAGACAAAGCCUCACUUGCCAGUGCAAAGGCCAGGCUGAAAAUUAUGAGCCAAGAGUACAAGGACUUGGAAUGGGAGCAUGAAGUGCUGGAACAGAGGUUUGAAAAAAUGCAGACAGAACGAGACGACCUCUAUCGUAAGUUUGUGAAAGCCAUCCACGAGGUUCAGCAGAAGAGUAACUUCAAGAACCUUCUGCUGGAGAAGAAACUAACAGCCUUGACGGACACACUGGAGAAGAAGGAAGCUCAGCUUAAUGAAGUCCUGUCAGCAUCCAACCUGGACCCCACAGCACUGACAGUGGUAACCAGAAAGUUAGAGGAUGUACUUGAUUCCAAGAACAGCGCAAUCAAAGAUCUCCAGUAUGAGCUCGCUCGCGUUUGCAAGGCGCAUAAUGAUCUUCUACGGACCUAUGAGGCCAAGUUGACAUCAUUUGGUGUUCCCAUUGAAGAGCUCGGAUUCAAACCCUUAGAGAGUACAGUUGGAGGCCAACAGCUAGGCCAAGGUCCUGCAGGAUUGGUAGCUGCACCAACAUAAAAAUGGGUCGUCAUGCUGAAUAGCCAGGAUUUGAAUAAAACAUUAUUGCACCUCAUAUAUAUUCAUGAACUGACAUUAUGACAUCCCUGGAAUAGUCAUGAUACAUGCAUAAAGAUUGAAUAGCUUAAAGUUCUGUUAUCAGUGCCAUUGACAUGUUCAUGUACUUUUCUGUACCGUUCAUAUCACACUCAAAAACAGUUGACUGUCUUUAUAUACUUGGGCUGCAUCCGAAUCUGUUGUCUAGAGCUAGGUCUAGGUCUUUCCUCCCAUCGGAAAUACGUGGCAAUGCUCAGACAAUAGACCUAGCCAUAGCUCUGGAAGCCCGUUUCAAACACAGCCGUAACUGGAUUUAUAGGACUUCUUAUAGCUGCCUGAAUAUCUACGCAGGCAGGGUGAAAUAAUUUUAAACGCUGUUGUUGAUUACGCGAUUUCCCUUGAUACCAAGGGAAACUGAAGCGAUCAGCUCGUCAGCUGUGUGUGAAUAGACACUGUCCAGCCUUCCUGUAUGGUUGAAAGGACUACAUCAAAAGUGCAUUGUUCUUCACUCAGUAUUACUAAUGUCCUUCGUCACUCCUAUUCACAACGUUGCAUGGAAAGUGGAGACAAAAUGUAAGAGCAGGUUUGGCUUGCGGGUGAUCCUCAGAGGAGCCCCCAGGUCAACUAAACUAUCAAGGAGUGAAGCAAUCAGUCCCACACAUCAUUUAUCAAUGCCCUUGUAAACGUAUGGAAAGAAAUGUCAUCGGUUGACGAAAUCCACUGUUUAUAUGUUAGAUCAUUAAAGCACCGCUGCCGCAAUGGACGUUAACUUUAAUAUGUAAAAAUGCAUUCUUAACAAAGUUGUCCUAUCAAAAUCAGUCAAAUAACCCCAACAUGUGUCUCUGUACUGUGGCGAAUCGAGUGGUAGGAUUUUUGACUGUUACGGCAAAAGUCAAAAUAAAACGUGGGUGGUUUUCGUAGAUGUCUGAUAUUUAGCAGUGGUUGUCAUUGGACGUGCAUGUUCAUGUACAUUUUACCAUGAAGCUCAUUAUAAUGAGGAAUGUGCAUUUUGUGUUAAUGCCGGCAUGAUAUGUGUAUAAGCUAGUGUUGAAAAAAAAAUCAAGAAAUAAUAAGGCGUUUAGUACGCAGGACUUGCUCUUCAGAAUCUUCUCUAUUCUUGUCAGCACCUGCACAUAAUUUUAUGCAUCAUGCACCUGUGCCCGUCGUACAGGAACGUGUUGGCAUGAAACCUUACUGUGAUUUAAAAAUGACGGUUAAAGUUACUUGGCUAUCGAACUGUCCAAUGUCCAGUAUCCUGCCUUUUGGUGCUACAUAUGAGUGAUUUACAAAAAUGCAGUGUGCAGGAUAACAAUUGGCAUUGGAAGUUGGAGAAAUGCAGUUUUAAAAAUCAAAGCAUUUGGAAAAACUGUUGUUUGUACAAAAGUGUCAUGUACAUAGAACUGCUCUCUUCUUUAGUUUUAAAGUUAAGUAGUUUGUAUGAAAAAUAAAAAUGCUCCAGUGUGAACCCCAA